CUUGCCUAAUGAGUCUUGGUGAAGGACAAGGGGACAUGUUUUGUGGGUGGUCUGGCAGUUGCUCAUCUUCCUCUGGUUCCCAAGCUUUGAUCAUCAGUAGCAACAUUAGAAUUUAACAUAGGCUAAGUUGGUUAUUUAUAACCCAUUUUGGCAGUCUUAGGCUCUAAAUUAUUAGAAGUCCCUAAAGGUUUGAACAUCUCUAAAUCUGUCCAUAGGUUGUGCCUACCAGGGUUGGUAUUUUUAUUUAUUUAUUUUAAAUAUACACACAAUGGCAUAUAGAUCCCAGUCCUCAAGGCCCACCAACAGUGCAAGAUUUUUUUCUCUGUUCUAUUACAAUGGAGUAGCUAAAAAUAUGAAAUGUUGAUAACUGGGUUGAGGACCACUGAUCUAGAAGACAGCUAUGUGGCCCAAUUAAAUUAAUUUGUAACAAAUUAUUUCUUAAAGUUUACAGAAUUCCACCCUAACCAUGAAUGCACCAAAUCAUACAAUGCUCACCUAUUUCAUUAUCAGAGGUAUCUCGAGCGUUCCAGAACUUCAGCUUCCCAUCUUUCUACUGGUUCUUUUUAUUUACAUCAUCAUUCUUGGAGGUAACAUGACCAUUCUCACACUAUUCUGUUUGGACCGUCAACUCCACACUCCCAUGUACUUCUUUCUGGCCAACUUGUCCUUGGUGGACAUGUCUUGUUCCACAGUCUCUCUUCACAAGAUCCUUGCUAACUUCAUAUUAGGGGAUAAGUCGGUUCCUUACUUGCCUUGUAUGGUACAAAUGCACUUUUUCGCAGCUCUAACGUUUAAUGAAUUUGUAAUACUAGCGGUGAUGAGUUAUGACCGAUAUCUGGCCAUCUGUAAUCCAUUACUAUAUAAUGCACUCAUGACUCAAAAAGUUUGUCUUCAGUUGGCUUUCGCCUCCUGGAUAUCUGGUUUGCUUAUAGUUCUUACACCUACCAUUUUAGUUUCAAACUUUUCUUGUUACAGGUCUCAUGAGAUCAACCACUUCUUCUGUGACAUCGUCCCUCUUAUGGAAAUCACUUGUGAUGACAUCGCCAUUUUACAGAUGCUCAUGUUUACGGCAGGAACUUUUCUUUUUGGUUUGCUGCCUUUUCUUGUGACAUUCACGCCUUACAUUUUCAUUAUCAUCGUCAUACUUAAGAUCCACACUAGCAUUGGAAGACGUAAAGCCUUCUACACCUGUUCUUCUCACCUUACGGUCGUCAUCCUUCUCUAUUUGACUUUCUCCUUUCAAUAUUUUACACCUAAAUCUAAAAGAUCGACAGAAUCCAGUAAAUUGUCUGCUAUGUUUAAUGCCAUCUUUAUCCCCGUAGUGAAUCCAUUGAUCUAUAGCUUAAAAAAUAAAGAUAUCACAUUAGCUAUAAAGCGGAGGGUCAAAACUAGUAAAUUCUAG